AUGGAAGAUGAAAAAAAUGAUUAUAACCCAGAAGAGGAAGUAACUACAGGAAACUGGAAUACUCCCAAGAUUGAAUUGAAAGAGGUAGAAAUAAAAACAGGAGAAGAAGAUGAAAGUUUAUUUUGGUCAGGCCGAUCUAAAUUGUAUAGAUGGGUAGAGGGUGAAUGGAAAGAAAGAGGAUUAGGAGAAUCUAAAUUAUUAUUACAUAAGAAAAAUGGAACAAUAAGAUUUUUGUUAAGGCAAGAAAAAACAUUGAAAGUUGUUGCUAACCAUUAUAUAUACCCUAAUGAAUCAUAUUGUAAACUUGUGCCAAAUGCAGGAAGUGAAAAAAUAUAUGCAUGGACUGUUAAAGAUUUUGCAGAAGAACCUAAAAUCGAACAAUUUGCUUUAAAAUUUAAUACAGCAGAAGCUGCAAAAUUAUUUAAGCAAAAAUUUGAUGAGGCUGGUCAAAUUAACCUCAAAUUACUUGACGACAAAUGUGAGUUGAAAACGGAGAAAGCAGAAGAUAAGGAGAAAAAAGACGAGAAAAAAGGUGAAGAAAAGGAUGAAAAGGACAAAAAAGAUGAAAAAGAAGAUAAGGAUAAAAAGGAAGAAAAAGAAGAUAAAGACAAAAAAGAAGAGAAAGAUAAAAAAGAUGAUAAGGACAAAAAAGAUGAAAAAGAAGAUAAGGAUAAAAAGGAAGAAAAAGAAGAUAAGGAUAAAAAGGAAGAAAAAGAAGAUAAGGAUAAAAAAGAUGAUAAAGAAGAUAAGGACAAAAAAGAUGAUAAAGAAGAUAAGGACAAAAAAGAUGAUAAAGAAGAUAAGGACAAAAAAGAUGAUAAGGAUAAAAAAGAAGAUAAAGAUAAAAAGGAUGAAGAGGAAAAUAUCAAAAGAGAAGAUUAG